AUGUGGGCGAUCUCCUCGCAGCAUCGAGGUCACUUGCUUCGUAGCCUCUCGCUGACUCCCAUUCUACAUCACUACCGUCUUCGGCGUACCCGUUGCGUACUGCCGCCUCUGCUUUGGUCCUCCUCGCGUCCAUCAUUGGCCGAUCUCAUCUCCCGCUCCAUCUUCUUGACGCACACAUCCGUUGUUUCGCGACGACUAGCCCGUUCCCUUGUGUCUAUCCGACUCUCUCGCCGGCUUGCAACCCGGCCUUCGCCGGCAUGUUUGGUAGAACGAUGUGUGCUUCCGAAAGAAUGCGUGCCUGGCUUAAGCAACGUCUACAUUGCGCCAGGGCUAGUGGCUAAGAAGAUAGCCAUUGAGAAGGAGAAGGUCAAGGAUGGAUUGCGGCAGUGGAUUGCGUCCAAGUGGAAGGGCAAGGUAAGGGAGCGCGAGGAAGGCGUUAGACGCUGGGAAGAGAGUUGCGGUAUCGGACGUGUGUGGAGGCUACGCAAGUUUUGGGAGCGGGUUAGUCGAGGGGAAGUGUCGACAGCUGCUGUUUGGUAAGUUUGUGUCAUGAUGGUGAUGAUGGCGACGACGGUGAUAGCAGUGAUAGUGUUCGCGAUACAUGACCACGAAUGUGAGCGCAAGUGCUUGGAUCUAGUGCUUGGAUCGCCGGUUGGAGGGUUGGUUUGUCCUGUCUUGUCUUAUUUCUGACCUCGUUUAACUCUCGUACCUCGUCCUUUUCCUCACUUCUCAGCCCUGGCGGCUU